AUGUCUCAACCUGAUUCGAAAAUUCGUCGUGUCCAGUUUGAAGAAACCCCAUCGGUCUCUAAUCCAACUGAACGACAAAUGGCAGAGUUGAAAGAAGAGGUUCUCCAAAUCCGCAAGGAGAUCUCCGUUGUAACGCAGAAGUUGGAUAUUUUGGCGGACAAACUGGCGGAAAACACCGCCAUUUUAAUGGUAUCAUUUGCUCCUGAGAAGGAGAUUUCGGGCGUGGUACCAUUUCCGCUAAAAACAGAAGAGGAACUCGAUGAAUUCGAAAAUUCCUUGACCCCGGAGCUUAUCGGUUUUUACACAAAGAAAAUAUCAAAAAUUAUUGGGAGCGAACCGCUGUCAAAGCGGUUCAAACUUAUCAUAGCGGAAGAUAUCAUCAAUAACUACAAUUUGGACGGGUCCAACGGGAAAAGUCCCUCAGAUGCCGUAUAGGCAUAGUAAAACGCAUUUCGAAACAUAUGCCAUUACAUUUUUCAGGAGCGUUGGCCAAGGACUCCGAGGACCCGGACAAAUCUUUAAGAAAGGCU